AUGGAUAUACUUCCAACAAACGUUUCGUCAUUUAGAACAGCCUCUUAUUGGAACCAGUUUUACAGUAACCCAAAACUAGAAAACUUUGAAUGGUAUACAGACAUCAAAAACAUACUCCCGAUUUUCCACAAAUGUAUAUUAGAAAGGGAUUGCUUGUCUAAAAAUGUAUCAAAACAAAAUUUCAAGGACUCGAUCGUUGUCAAUGUGGGUUGUGGAAAUUCUAACCUCUCAGAAGUACUCAUUGAGGAUGGGUUCAAGACAGUGUAUAACCUUGACUUCUCACAACAAGUGCUAGAUGAGAUGAAAGCUAAGAGUAAUGGUAGGGGCAUUUUCUUAAACGUCGAUGUUUCGAAAAAGGAAUACAUCGAUUUCGGAGUAAUGCUGAAUAAAAAAUACCCAAAUAUACCAAAAAUCAUAGUGGAUAAGGCCUUUAUGGACGCAUUCAUAUCAAUAGAUGAUAGUGAGUCAAGAGAAUUGAUAAGAUCAAGAUCCAAAGCGUACCUGGAAAAUACAUUGAACAUGAUGAACUGCGACGAUGUUUUCAUAAUCAUAUCAGUAUCACAGGACUAUGUUGUUACUGAGCUGAUCAGAAACAUGCUAAUGAAGGACCUGUUCAUAGAUAUUUACCCACUGUUUAGUGAAUCUGAUAGAAAGGCACACAUGAUCCAGUUCAUGUAUUCAAUAUACAAGUUUGAUAAAGGAGACAAAAUUGAGAGAAAGCAAUGCAAGAUGGUAGAUAUGCCUAAUAUGCCUUGUGAGUACUUUGAACUAGGACAACUUUUAAAGAAGGUAAAAAUGGCAAAAACGGCGCUUUAUUUGGGGCCCACAAUUAAGAAACAUACUCCAGGAAGAAGACUCGCCUUUGAUAUUUUCCCAAGCAAUCAAAGUGAUACCUGUUUCACAGUUGUGGUCUACGACUCAAAAGUGAAGAACAAACGCGAGAAUGCAUGUAUUAUAGUUCCAGCGGGUCAUGAGCACCUGUGGUUGUAUUCAUCAGUGGAGGGGAACCAAGAGCUUUCAGAAAGCGCUAAUGCUAGUAGGAUCUUGCUAAUCUGGCUUAAGUACGUGAAGAAUAUAUCAAACCUGCUUAAAAUUAACCCACUUGAAUCAUACAGUGAUGACCAGGUGAUGGAGUAUAUUAAGAGUAAUCUCACUGAAGCUCUGGAUAACUUCUCGCUAGACUCAGCAAGUGGUGUGACCAUAAUGAAGGUGGGCGAGUCAUGUAAAAUAAGAAGAUGGGUGUGUGAAGUACCAUCUAGACAUUGCGGGAAAAUCAUAGUUCGUGAUCUUUACAAUGAAGAUCGUAAGCAUAAUGAGAACAAGUUGUACUCUAGACAGAUGAUCUUCUCGUCAAACCCACAAGUUAUACAGUCUGAAAUAACAUACUACGAAGAAAAUUCAAAUCCAAAGUUCCUUUUCAAUCACUUUAACAACGAGUAUCACAUAGCAAUAACACUUUCAAUGGCAUUUCUCAAGUCUGAGGAAGCUAUUCUGAUCCUAGGUGGAGGUGCAGGGGUAUUGACAAACAUUCUGUGUGAUUUUGUGGAUAAUAAUAUAGAAGUUGUGGAGCUAGAUGAAGCGGUUCUGGAGGUGGCUGAGAAGUACUUUGGAUACUCGCCUGAAAAUGUUCUAGACUUGAAGGAUUCACUCAAUUCUGAACUACUAAAUAAUAAUUCUAGGGUUUUACACAUCAAAGGAGAUGCACUGAGCUAUGCUCGUAAUACUCCGAGAAAGUAUUCAGCUGUGAUUUUGGAUAUAAACAACACAGAGGAUUCGAUGGAGGAAAAGAACUUAAAAUCUGGAACCCUGAUGUCACCGAACCCGUUGUUCCUAGAAGAUGAAGUGUUGAAUAAAAUCAGUGAGCUGUUGACUGAAAAUCAUGGAAUUCUUGUUUUAAACAUGCUAACAAGAUGUAAGGAAACAAGGAAGGCAGUAUUAGAGAGGUUAGAGAAGGUGUUUAAAUUUAUAGGAAUCAUGAAGAUGGAAACUGAUAUUAACGAAGUUUUAAUAUGUUCAUCGUAUACGCAGAAUAAAGGUGUUGAAGAAAUAUCAGAAUUUGGACGGAAACUGAAGAACGUGAAUUACUCAGUUAAGGAUCUUGAUUCGUGGGUAAACCGAUUCUCAAUAUACUCUAAACAGUUUUAA